GUGGAGCUUCGAUCUCUACACCGACCGCUAUCUCGCAUUCGUUCGUACGAGUCUUCUCACACACUUCUACGCACACACGCACAUAUACACACAAUACCACCUAAAUUCUGACUGAGUGACGACUUUCUCUACCACAAACAGUAUUAGCUGUCUACUUUGCUUGAAAUUGGACCUCGUUUUUUAACGUGUCCUUCCCUCGAAUUGGAUACAAACAAGUCUCUGACCGCCCAACCUUUACUAUACCUUAUCCCAACCAUACCACCACUUAAAGGUCCUCCACGAUGCCCUGUUUCAAGGGCAUCGCCGUCAGCAUUCAUGCGAACUCGGCCCCGCUCCCCGAGUAUGGCUUGCAAAAGCAGUCUCGCUACUCUCGUAUCAGUGCAUACAUACCUGUUCCGCAACCUAAGUUGAACCCCGAGACGUCCAAGCACGAAGCAGCCAAGUUCGCCAUUUCCAUAACCCUGUUAACACCCGGUCACCCGAUUCCGUACACAACUCCGAAGUCGUCUCCAGACAACCCCCACCCAAAGCCCCUCUAUGCGGGACCUCUUCCGUCGAUGAACUCCGAUCCUUCGAAGCAUGCCAAUACUGUUAUACCAUAUAUCCCCAUGACCCAGUCGGAGAAUGAGACCAUUGCUGCAUACAUCUACUUUGACGGACGAACUAAAGAGGAAGUCGCGACAUUGCUCCGACCAGGCGAAGAAACUUGGGUCAAUAGUCGUUGGGUCCAAGUGCCCGAGAGUGAAGGGGGUGGCCUCGCUGAGCGCGAAUUUCUCUUCCGCGAGGUUGGCCUGGAGCGAUGGCUGAAUGGAUUAGAUCUCCAAGGUCAUGAUGCGGCAGAAAAAGUGGAAAGACGAAGACAAAAGUUUGAAAGACGUCACCGCCGCCAAAGAUCUACCCCUCAUGGCGGCGAGAUGAGCUCUGAGAAGUCAACGAAGGCCCGUGAUACCUUGGCAUACGGCGCUGAAGACCAGUCCUCUGCAGCGACCCCUGACGAUUCAGAUCAUGACUUGAUGUCCGAUGACGAUGAACCCCCUGAGGCUACGGGGCAGAUCAAAGUAGCCAUGUUUCGCGUUAUUGCUUCUGGCGAAAUUAAGAAGGGAGAGUAUUCCCCCCAGUUCGAUGCCCAUGACGAUGAUGAUGAGAGUGAUGGAGGAAACAAGGCAGGCAGUAAUGGAGCGAUCGAUGCCGAUGUGGAGCAUACAACCAGUUUUGCUAAGCCCAAGACGCUCGAUCCUAAGACGAUAAGCACUCAAACUGUUACUGGCAUUGAUGGGCCAGACAAGCCAUACGCAGUCUUCACCUUCUUCUAUCGUGGUCAACGUCAACUUGCCAAGAUGGGACUCAACGCUGGAUCGAAAGACGAACAGCAGACGCCAUCUACCAAACGACGCUCGACCCAGCUGGAUUUCUCAGGGCUGGGUCCGUUAAAGUCUACUGGCACUGUUGGUUUCUCUGCCUUCAGGGAUCAGGAAGCUGAAGCCGCCAAAAGACGAAAGGCUCGUAGAAAGAGCAACGGCACAAAUGGCAACCUUAUGGAUGAGGAUAGCGAUGACGAUGAUGAUCGUGACAUAAUUCCUCUGGCUAGAAUGGAAGAUGCCGAUGACAAGGAUGUCAAGGCAUACCCGGAAGUAGAAGAUGCCAAGCUCACCGGGGAGUUACAAGCCGGCAUUGACCGUAUUCGCCUUAAGCGACAACAUUCUACGGGACCAGAAGGCUUUGGGGCAUCGAGUUCUCGCAAAUCUCCUAGCGCAGGUCCUAACGCUGGGGACUCUACACCCACAGACUCGACGUCUACGAACGCAGCCGCCCCCAGCUCUACAGUAAACUUGCUUUCACAGGCCUUCAAUGGAGACCCGACGAUUGGGAGCCCUUUGAAGAAGCAGCGAGCGGACGAUGAGACACCAGAUCGCUCCAUUAACUUUCCAGCAGCCUUGGGUGACGUAUUGGGCAGAGCUACUGCCGACCAACAAAAGAAAGCAGCGCACUCCACUAUUCCAGAUGAAGAUGAAGAGCUAUAGGAUUACUCUUCCCGAAAAGCAUGGAGGGCCUGUUCCAGGUAGAAACAUGAAAGAUUCCCGGUUGGCUAGCUGUGGAAUCGUAGAUACAUGACUGCGCAGAGCAUUUUAUAAGACUACCUUGAGCAAACUAAGCCAUAUGAG